AUGCGUGCUAUAUCUCUGUUACGUUAUACUGGUCGCCUCAGUUCGGUAUCGUAAGUGUCAAAACACAGUAUGGCAGUUCACGGUGUAUUUUUAAGAUGUGCGGUAUUGUCAGCGUUAGUCGUAGUUGUGUUCGGAGGUAAUGGAUUUCCUCACCUAUUGGAUCUUGUACAUCCACGGGUGGAUGUAAACGUACCCUCCGGUUAUGUGUCGAGUCGUUCGGAAGCGUUUCGGUUUCGUACCCGCGUCGAUCACCUGGAUGUCCAGAACAGAGCGACGUUUGAGUUUAAUUACGUCUCGAACGAUGCCUACUACAGACCUGGUGGACCAAUCUUCAUCAUAGUAGGUGGAAAUAGCGCACUGAACGCAUACUUUAUCGAAAACGGACUGUUUCACGAUAUCGCCCGCGAUGAAGGUGCUUGGUUGUUUAGUAACGAGCAUCGUUACUAUGGCACCAGCUCACCAGUGGCAGAUUAUUCCACACCCAACAUGCGAUAUCUAAGCGUCGAACAGGCACUGCUCGAUCUGAUCGAAUGGAUCGAUCAUCUACGCCGCGAGGUGGUUAGGAAUCCGAACGCAAAGGUGAUCCUGCAUGGUCUCGGAUACGGCGGAGCGGUAGCCAUCUGGGCUCGUCAGCGGUUCCCGAGCCUCAUUGAUGGGGCCUGGGGCUCGACAGCUUCCGUCAUUGCACGGGUGAACUUUAGCGAGUUUGGUGAGGAUAUGGGCCGAACGAUCCGGGUGCUCGGCAGUGACGCUUGUUAUGGUAUUGUGCGGAGUGGUUUCCGAGCAGCCGAGAACCUGGUUAAUGCCGGACGGUACGAUCGUCUGUCGCAGAUGUUCCGCACCUGUGAACCGCUGCAGGCCGACGAUCCGCUCACGAUAGAAACAUUCUUCUUCGGGCUCAAGAGUUCGUUCGAGGCGGAAAUGUUCGGUCAGGCCAGCCCAGACUCAGUAGGACGAAUGUGCGACGAGCUAGUGGCCGAUCCGUCCGACUCAGCACUGGAAGUGUUGGCGAACUUUUUCGAACGUCGCUACGGCUUGUUCGACUGUGUUCCAUUCGACUUUGAGAGUAACAUUGCGAGCUCAAUGUACGAAGCGGUUGGGGCACCGAACAAUGCGGAACUCGGCAUCCGGCAGCGUUUGUAUCAGUUGUGCACUGAGUUCGGCUGGUUUCUGACAUCGUCUACGGGUGGCAGCCCGUUUGGGACACGCAUCACCUAUCGGUACUUCAUCGAAAAUUGUCGUGCAGUUUUUGGUGACUGGAUCGAUCAGGACGUCGUGUACGAAGGUGUCCGGAUAACGAACUUGCACUUCGGUGCGGACGAUCCGCGUGUCACGAAUGUGGUUUACGUGAACGCAGAGUUCGAUCCGACCCGGUUCGUCUCGAUUACAAACUACACCAAUCUGCAGGCGAACUCGUUCGUUGUCCAAGAUGCUGUAGUGUCGCUCGAUUGGAUGGCGAACAGUGUGACGGACUCGGAAGAUUUGCAACGAGUGCGACGCGAGAUCGUCGGAUAUGUUCGUGGAUGGGUAGAGGGAGGUUUGAUUGGAACGAAGUAA